CACUGACAGAAGGUAAACAAAAACGACCCGCGCUUCUCCUAUAGCGAAAGCAAUUUGCAAUUCGAAAGGCCGCGAAUUUAAAUAAGUCUAGUUCCCCCUUCAAGUACAAUUCCUGGAUGGGUCACACCACAACUCCGGAAUAACGCAACCGUAUUCGCCCUAAUUCGCGAACAUAUUCAACGAUGUGACGACUCGCCGCACGCAGCGCCAUAAUCUGAAGAACCUUGAACAUGACAGCCAAACACAAGCCGAUUCCAGCACUGUACACCGUUUACGUACUGCGCUCAACCGUCCGUCAUGCAUCAUUUUACAUCGGCUCCACCCCCAACCCGCCGCGCAGGCUAAGCCAACACAACGGCCUGGUUCCCGGCGGUGCUGCGCGCACCUCGCGGAAGGACUUGCGCCCGUGGGAGAUGGUGGCGUUAGUGUCUGGAUUUCCGAGCAUGACGGCAGCGCUAAAGUUUGAAUGGGCGCUCAACAACCCCCACAUCUCGGUGCACAUACCCACCUCGUCGCGCCUCACUGUCUCGUCCCGGACCAAGACCAACGGGCAGCCGAUGAGGCCGCCCAAGAGCAUGGCGUCGAUCGUGUCCAACUUGCACUUGCUGCUUCGCGUGCCGAGCUUUGCGCGCUGGCCGUUGAAGGUGCAUUUCUUCAACCGGCGGGUCUUUGCCGCCUGGGAGAAAUGGUGCGGUACGGCAAGCGAGGGCCUAAGAAGUAGCUUGGGUGUUGUGACGGAUUUUGGAGGUGAAGAGGAGGCUGCGCCUGCAAAUGGCAAUGGGGAACCGCCAGCCGUGCCAAGGGGAAUAUAUAAUCUACCGCUGGACUACGAGCCGAUCAAGGAGCAGGUCGCCAAGGGACAUGAGAUAUUUGAGUUUGAACGUCAGGGGCUGUGCAUCAUCUGUCAAGGCGAGAUGCAGCCCCAAAAAGGACUAUAUGCCGUAUGCACAAACGGUGCAUGCGACGGAGUGGGACACCUCUCCUGUUGGGGCCGCCAUCUGCUGGAAAGAGACGAGCCAGACAGUAUCCUGCCCGUCCAGGGUCAGUGUCCCAAGUGCAUGGGAGAGGUGCAUUGGGGCGAUAUGAUGAAGGAGCUGACACUGAGAGUCCGGGGCCAAAAAGAGGUGGAAAAGCUGCUCAAGCACAGGAGCAGGCGCAGGCGUGCUGCUGCGACAGCCACCAAGCAAUGAUGCAACAGCAGGUUCAUUCAUAUACGAUGGCCAGAGUUGGAGAUUCAGGCACGCUCCCGGCCUUCUUUUGGCUCGACGUUUGAGCAAGGAGGGGUCUCUGAUAUACCCAGAUAGCGUGGUUUAAGCAGCGACGGCAGUUUCUCAAUUCCAGCUGAAUAAUCAGCAAAUUGCGGAGGUCAAGCACGGCCUGGCGUCUGAUGUUGCACCCGCUAUCAGUCAGCCUGGCUCCGCCGCUC